AUGCGUCUUCCCGGGGGUGAAAUUCAGUCGUACACAAAAGGCGGACAGCCUAACUCAUUCCCGUCUUUGAACGGUAGCGAAGCACCGAUCCUUCGAAAAAUGCAAAUUAGCUCAAAUAACCUAAGUAAUUUUGCCGUACGAUUUGUCAUGCUCUUCACACCUGCAAGCUGUAAACUUCUGCCACAAGAAUGA